CGUUCUGGAGCCCUCCUGCCCUGUGUGGGAUGAGAUUCCCACCACCUUGCCUCUUCAUAUCUGACCCAUUGACUUCUGAGCCUCCCCGCCCACCUGUGGUGAGCUGGGAUUGUGACAUCCCAGAACCCCCUCUCCAGGGGUACCUUGGCUUGUGACCUCCCUCCUCCCUCCUCCUAUUCCCUGACCCUGGCAGCUGAGGGCCAACAUCUGCCCUCCCUUAACUUCUCCUGCACCUGAAGAACUCGCAUCCUUCAGUGAUGACCUGUAUCCAGUGGUUAACUCUCUGCUAAUACCAUCAUCUUGGCGGUUGUUUCAGCCUCUGUGGAAGCUGCUGAAGAUCAGAAGUUUCACCUUGCGGGCAGGCUAGAAGGGGCACCGGUUGGCUGCAGGGACAUUACGCUAGACCAGGGGGAAUCAUGGAGUUUGCGGAGCUGAUCAAGACACCGCGGGCUGAUAAUGUGGUCCUUCACCGCCCUUUCUAUCUGGCAGUGGAGGGAACGUUGUGCUUGACAGGGCACCACCUCAUCUUCUCCUCAAGGCGGCAGGACAAUGUUGAGGAACUCUGGCUUCUGCAUUCCAACAUUGACUCCAUUGAAAAGCGCUUCAUUGGCUCUUUGGGCACCAUCGUGAUCAAGUGCAAAGACCUGCGGAUUAUUCAGCUGGACAUUCCUGGCAUGGAGGAGUCCCUGAACAUCGCCAGCUCCAUUGAGGCUCUGUCCACUUUAGACUCCAUCACUCUGAUGUAUCCCUUCUUCUACCGGCCCAUGUUUGAAGUCAUUGAAGAUGGCUGGCACUCUUUCUUGCCCGAACGGGAGUUUGAGCUUCUCAGUUCAGAAACAGAUGAAUGGCGGUUGAGCUACGUGAACAAAGACUUCUCCAUCUGUCCCUCGUACCCACCCAUCGUCAUAGUCCCUAAAUCGAUUGAUGAUGAAUCUCUUUGGAAAGUCGCCACGUUUCGCCACGGUGGGCGUUUCCCAGUCCUCAGCUAUUACCACAAGAAAAACGGGAUGGUGAUGAUGCGCAGUAGCCAGCCACUCACUGGUACGAACGGGAGGCGCUGUAAGGAGGACGAGAAGCUGAUCAACGCCACCCUGAGGGCGGGCAAGCGUGGCUACAUCAUUGACACCCGCUCUCUGAAUGUUGCACAGCAAGCCCGGGCCAAAGGCGGAGGCUUUGAGCAGGAGGCACACUAUCCCCAGUGGCGAAGGAUUCACAAGUCCAUCGAGAGAUACAAUAUUCUGCAGGAGAGCCUCAUCAAGCUUGUGGAAGCCUGCAAUGACCAGUCGCAUAACAUGGACCGCUGGCUGAGCAAGCUGGAGGCUUCCAACUGGCUGACUCACAUCAAGGAGAUCCUGACCACGGCUUGCUUGGCUGCUCAGUGCAUUGACAGGGAGGGAGCAUCCGUCUUGGUUCACGGGACUGAAGGGACCGAUUCAACACUACAAGUGACCUCCCUGGCCCAGAUUAUCUUGGAUCCAAGAUGUAGGACCAUCCGUGGCUUUGAAGCUCUGGUCGAGAGGGAAUGGCUACAGGCUGGCCACCCCUUUCAGCAACGCUGUGCCCAGUCGGCCUACUCAAACAGCAAGCAGAAGUGGGAGGCCCCCGUGUUCCUGCUCUUCUUGGAUUGCGUCUGGCAGAUCCUCCGCCAGUUCCCUUGCUCCUUUGAGUUCAACUAUCACUUCCUCCUCAUGCUCUUCGAACAUUCCUACGCCUCCCAGUUCGGCACAUUCCUGGGCAACAACGAAAAUGAAAGGUGUAAACUCAAGCUGCCUCAGAAGACGAUGUCACUGUGGUCCUGGGUGAAUCGGCCCGAAGAGCUCAACCGGUUCAAGAACCCUCUCUUUGAGGCCAACAGCUUGGUCAUCUGGCCUUCCGUGGCACCACAGAGUCUGCAGCUCUGGGAAGGGGUUUUCCUCCGCUGGAACCGGUCUUCCAAAUUCUUGGAUGAGUCGUACGAAGAAAUGAUCAAAAUCAUCAAGUACAACAAGGAGCUCCAAGUGAAAGUCAACUUGCUGAGGCGGCAGCUGGCCGAGCUGGAGACAGACGACAGCACACAGGACGACGGGAUGCCGGAGAGCCCCUGAUGCCGGGCAGGACAUGCGGGCCAGGUUGUCCCUCCUUUCUCGGGCGCGUUGCCCCCACACUACGCACUAGACACAAGACUUGCAUGCGCUCCAGCUCCUUUUGUGGUGCAACCGGGUUGAACCUUCUUGCUUCUCAGUUCCUCACUUGGCACUAGAGUCAUCCCCUCGUUUAAGGGUGGCCUUUUUUUUGGUUUUGUUUACAGCAGCAAACUCUUAAUUUAACUCAGCCUACUGUCCUCUCCCGGUCAUUCCUGACACCCUUAAUAAAUUAUGUACAGUUUGAGUGUCAGCUCUGACUCUUAGCUGCUGCUGCACCUCACCUGCGUGAUUUACGAUAGGGGUGCCAUAACUUUGACUUGAGAGAGAGAGACAGAGAAUUUCAUACUGGACUUGAGAAAAUAUUUUCAGUAGUUGGGUGGCUUUUAAAAAGUGGUCAGAUGGCGGGGAGAAUAUACUGGUUUCUUCUUGCAGUAUACCUUUUAUUCCUGGGUUAGAUGAUGUGCAUUGACUUGGUUUAGAGCUUGAGAAACCAGAACAUCAGCUUCCUGUGAUCCUGCCUGGCAAUUGCCAGGGCACUCCCACACUUAAAGUGGCAGCAGUGCAUAUGGCAUUAUGGUCUCUGUUUUGAGCCCAUUUAGAUAUGCAGGCUGGCACACCUGGUACAGCCCUCCAAGGUCGUACCACUUCACAUUCCACAUGGAGAUUUGCAUAUUUGAGCGCUACUCGUCGUGCUGCCUAUAGGUUGAAACUUGCCUAAUAUGUUAGCUUUCCAUAGGCAAGGCGUUUUCCCGUUCUAGAGGAAUCAUGCAAAUGUGAUCUCUUCUGAAACCAGAAGUAGUACUGUCUUAGAAGGGCUGUACCAUAUGCUUCGCCGCACCGCCUGCACAUUUGAACUGGCUCUGCACUCAGCAGGGAGCAGAGCAAGCAAUGUGAUCUUCACCAAAACAUCUGAAUCUCCUCGUGCCCUGAGAAGGGCAUUUAUUGUGCAUUAAGCAGAAAGCCAAUGGGGGUUAACCCACACAAGCAACUGCCUCUCACCCAGUGCCAGCACCAUGACGUCCAAGUCGAUUUGCCCUUUAGGCCAUUGCCAUUGAGACCACAAAGUUGUGCUGCUGCCAGUACAGAGGAGAAACUCUCGAGUGGAAUAAAGGAUUCUGGUUGGACUUCCCAACUUGUGGCUUGCCAGGCCUGAUACAGCUCAAGAGUUGUCCAGGGUUGCCCACUAGUUCAGGGGUCCCCAGGUGUCGCUGGACUACAACUCCCAUCAUCCGCGGUGGCGGUGGAUGAUUAGGGUUGUGGUCUGGCAACAUCUGGGGAUCCCUGCACUAAAGGCUCAACCCAUUCUGUGUAUUUUGCUGGCCUGGUCAACAGAAAAAGCAGGCUGUCCAACACCUUCCAGGCCAGCACUCCCAGCUGGCGGUCUUGCACCCGUCUUCAGUCAACCCUUACGCAGAUCUAACCUGAGACUGGCCUCUCCCUGCUGGCUCUGCAGAGCUCACACCUGCUUGCAAACACUGCCAAGGCAUCUGCAAAGGGGUGAUCAUUUCCUCCACAUCCCACCCUGUUAAAAGGAGGAGUCCUUUCUAGCUAGCAGAGGUAUCGGUUUCGCUUGACUCCAGAACUGUCCUAGUCGAAGCCAGUUCUUGCUCGGCUCGGAAGACCUGCCUGUACUAUCCUUCCCCAUGCCGAGCCGGUUUUACCUGGGGGCUAAAUGAACUCCGAGCACAGCUGAUGUCUUUGGAAACCGAUGGUUAACACUGGACCUGUCAUCUUGUCGAACCUCGUGGUGAACCAGAGGCCUUGGAGAAGAAUGUGAGGGGAAGCGGCUGUGUGGUUCUGUUGUUUAAUAUCUGCUCCUCUGACCUGACAUCCUUUACGCAUUUCCCCCCUCAUAGCUGUGGUCUCGUGCUUGGUAAUGACUCCUUUUUGCCAUAGUAGCCAGAGGCACUGGCACAGCGUGAGAGGUCUUGCUUUGUCCCUUUUAAACACCAGGAGCCUCUUCUCAUGACCCCGCCUGGGGCAGCCCAGCUGGGCUUAGGCUGGUCGUGAGAAGCAGCUGGAUCCUCGUGGAUCCCUCUGCUCCCCAUCCACCUAACCCUCCUAAGAAACCUGGCUGUUAGCAGAGGUUAAGGGUGCACUUUUUAAAUUUAUUUUUAUAUUUUAUAUCCUGCUCUUCCUCCAAGGAGUUCAGAGCGGUGUACUACAUACUUAAGUUUCUCCUCAAAACAACCCUGUGAAGUAGGUUGGGCUGAGAGAGAAGUGACUGGCCCAGAGUCACCCAGCAAGUGUCAUGGCUGAAUGGGGAUUUGAACUCGGGUCUCCCCGGUCCUAGUCCAGCACUCUAACCACUACACCACUCUGGCUCUUUGUAGCUCAGAAGUAGCUGGAGAGCCAAGGUGGCCUCCCCCUGGUUUACACUGACCGGUAACAGCUCUCCAAAGUUUCAGACUGGACUCUUUCCCCAGCUCUUCCUGGAGAUGCUGCUAGGAACUGAACCUGGGAUCUUCUGCAUGCAGAGCUGAUGCUCCACUACUGAGCUAUGGGCCCGCCUCCCCCCGCUCCUCACUCCCAUAGCAGCUCUUUGUGGUCUUAAACAUUGUCAAGCUACCCCUCAUGGAUCAGCCCCUUCUUGCCUCUGCUCUUUCCCUUAAGCCUCGUUCUCUGCUUUUACUUCCUUUGGGUUCCUCUUUCAAUCAGUCCUACUCCGCAUCCUUCCUUCAGCCUCCAUGCCUCUGGCCUCAUUCAUUUAGCUUCUCUGUGUCCCAGGACCUCUUCCCAGACUUCAGCCUGACUCUGUGGUUUUAACCCCAGCCAAAGUGACAACAUCCCUAUUCCUCACAGAAACUGGACUGCAAACUGCUGUGUUCACUGAGUAACGGAAUACUCCAUGCCACCACAUUGGCUCAUCCAAUCAGCUCUGGAAGCUCCCUCCCCACAAAUCAAAUGCAAUAUAGGUGAUUUGGUUUCAACAGGAGGGCACUCGACACGCCAGUAUUUGAUUGCAAGCUUAGUAUAUGUUUUACCAGGCUAAAGUACGGGUUCCACUUUCCCUAUUGCAGCUGAUGAGAUUAUUCCUGGAUAGGUGUAACUGCGUCUUGUUCAGAACUUGGGACCUUGGUUUGAGAGCUCCUGUCGUUAGGAAUCCCAGUUGGGUUCUAACACCUUCUCCAGGCUGCACAGACUCCAGCUUCUUUCCACUCUGCCUCUUCUGCCUAGUUAACACUUUGUUUUCUGCCCUCACUGUGCUCGGCGCUGUCUAGAUUGUGCAUAAGACAUUGCUUCCUCGAGCCAGAGGGUGAGAGAUGAUUGGCAGGGACAGGGAGGGUGUCGAGGCGCAGGCAAGUUGGGGCUGAAAUACUUCGGGAAAAGAAACAGGUUGAGGAGAGAUUUGGAAAGGGAGGUGGCUUGAGCAGACAGAGGGGAAAGCUGUAGAGGGCAGCAUAGCCGAAAGCAGAGAAAUGGGAGAAGGGAGCCAUGGAACCUUAAGAAUGCAUGCAGCGGGGGGAGAGCAGUGCAGCAGAGCAGCCCUGCCGGAUCAGACACAAGGCCUGUCUAGCCCAGCCAGGUCCUGCUUCUCACAGUGGCCAACUAGGUGCUACUGGGGAGCCCUCCCCGCUGUUGGUCCUAAUAGCUGUUAUUCAGUGGCACAGCGGAGCAGUAACUUGCCUAGGGAGCAAGAGGUUGCCGGUUCCAAUCCCCACUGGUAUGUUUCCCAGACGAUGGGAAACACCUAUAUCAGGCAGCAGUGUCCGUCCAAAUAAAAUGAAGAUGGGGAUCAAGGGCAGUUAUAAUAAUCAUCAGGAAACAGCAUAUCUUUCCUAAAUGCCUGCCCAGAGGCAGUAAUGGGCUGGAUGAGGGAUAACAAACUGAAGUUGAAUCCAAAUAAGAUGGACAUAGGAAGGUUCUGAAAGGCAUCAUCUCAUACUGUGCCGGAGAUGACAAUGGUAAACCCCUCCUGUAUUCUACCAAAGACAACUACAGGGCUCUGUGGUCACCAGGAGUCGACACCGACUCAAUAGCACACUUUACCUUUACCCCAAUGAAGCAAGCAACAAAAGGCCUAUCUAGCCCAGCCAGGUCAUGCUUCUCACAGUAGCCAACCGGGUGCUGCUGGGGAACUCUCUGUGCUAUUGGUUCCUAAUAGCUGCUAUUCAGGGGUAUCCUCCUCUGAAGAUGGGGAGAGGAGCCAUUGUGGCUGGUAAUGAUGGGGAGGGGAGUCCAACAAUGUCUGGGAACCCAAGUUUGGGAACCCCUGUAUUCUCCGUUGCCAGGCCUUGUCCUCAAGCCUUCUGGGAGUCAGGGACAUCCUGCACUUGCUGUGUUCAGGAGUUCCUAAUCCUGCAGCUCAAUUUCAUCUUUAUGAUUCUGUCAUCCUGGGCAAAGGAGGCUGGAGGUUGCUGCAAACCGCACAGAUUUCAUCUGGGCUUGGCUGCUAGCCAUUCUCUCUUUGUGCUUGCUAGCUAGCUAUCAACCCCCGCCCCUUCCCAAAGCACUGGAAGGAACAUAGAGAUUUCCUUCAUAUCUGCUGAGAAGGUCGGGAAGAGCAGGAGAGGUUCCUGCUGUUCCUUUCUGCGCUAUCCAGAUUGCCUGAAAGCAGAGGGAGAGCUGAUGGUCGGGAAUGAAUGCAGCUCAGCAACUUUGUCAGGAAGCCGGUGGACUCCCCCUGGCGAGCUGUCAAGUAGAUUUGUGGACACCUGGUCAUGCCUCCCUACUGAUAUCAUCUUCCAAAAUAAGAGGGAUGGAGCUUGUUGGGCACCCGGACAUCAGUAAAGUUGGCAUUGAUAAGGUGGUAGGAUUUGGUCUGAAGCUUUUGACUUCUUCUCUUGGUCUCCAGGGGAAGGAGUAAAAUCUCAGGGGGCAGAACCAAGGAGGGGCAGGCUUCUUCCUCUUCUUGACUUAAGAGCAUGUGCUAUUCGCUUUGCCCCGUCCACAUCAGGUUCCGUCACAGGACACAGCAUGAAUUUGCUGCAGCAGACCCUGUCUCUUACCCAAGAGGCACUGGAGCCUCUGCACAGCCUUCUGACCCAGCUUCUGAAGACCUGAGAAAAAGCUCUCAUUCUAAGGCCAGUUAAUGUAGGAGCCCCCAAACUUGGGUCUCCCGAUGUUGUUGGACUACAAACUCCCAUCAUCCUCAGCCAGAGGUCACUGUGGCAGAGGAUGAAGGGAGUUGUAGUCCUACAAAUAAUCUGGGGGACCAAGGUUGAAAACUCCUGCAUAUCAGAGGGGUACAGGACAAAGUGAAUCCUUCCAGCCAAAUUCACCUUACUUCCAAAAGGGUCUCCUUUGCCAUCUUAAGUUCUGUUCAUAAUCUUCAAAGGCUUGCUGUUAUCAUUCAUGUUCUUGAUUGCACUGUUGGAAAACAGCUAAUCUCAUGGUGCUUUUUUAAAAAAAUUAACUUUAUUUUGUUUUUAAGGGCAUUUGGUUCAAAGGGAGUUGUUUUACAGUAUUUAUUGUUCAAGUGAUUUGUUUAGAAACUAUUAGAAAUGAGAUCACCUACUAUAAGAUCAGUCGUGUUAAUUUCAGUUCUGAGAGGGGCCCCUUCAUGCGAGCCUCGUUAAAGCCAAGAAGGACCUUGUGGCUUGAUAAUAGUCUGGGAGUUGAGGCACCUUUCGUGUAUACUUCUACAGCACAAAAGAACUCUGGGAACCGUAGUCCUGGGAGGGUGCUGGGAGAUUUUUGUGAUGGAUCCCUAGAGCAGGGAUUCUCAACAUUGGGUUCCCAGUUGUUAUUGGACUUCAAUUUCUAUAAUCCCCAACCAAAGGCCCCUGGGGCUAGGGAUUAUGGAAGUUGAAGUCCAAUAACAUCUGGGGACCCAACGUUGAGAAUUCUUUCCCUAGAGCAUUCCCUGAACUUCAGUUCCUAAACUUCUUUGGUUGGGAACUAUGAUAGUUAAAUCUGACUUCAACUCUAGAGAAGUCUUCCUAGCAGGGUUAGCUCUCCUCGCUUGCUGCUGGUGAAUUUCCGUUUGAGUCCACCUCCACAAAUGGUUUGAAGUUAUUGCCUCAGCCUAACAUUUGAGAAGGCUUUGCUGACUUGAUUUUCAAAAUUAAUGUAAGCUUACUAGUUCUCAUGUUGGAUCAGCUAAUAUCCUUCUAGCAUGUGGUUCACUGAGUGUUUUAUUACAGUAAAAGUCUGUGGGUAGUUGCUUUAGUAACGUCUCUAAAGGCCAUAAUGUGACCUUCCUGGAUAAGAAUUUCCUCUCUUGCUCUUAAUAGAAAUAACUGAGCUUUAAUUUUGGCCCAUGCUGAGUGUAUUGAUUGUAUAUAUCCCAGCUCACGUGGCUAAUGCAAGAAGCCAGCAAAGAGUAGAUCACAUCUUGAGAUGCUAUGGAAUGUAUGUGAAGUCCUUUUACUGCUUGUCGAUAUUAUGCACCCAAUGCAUUUCAGUGAAAAGGCCUUCCUCCUGGCAACUAUAUGCUUGAACCUUUCAAGAGAUCUCUGAUAAAAGUUACUGUUUGGUGCUGAUAAGCAGAAACUUCUAUCAGAGAUCUCUUGUAAAGUUCAAGCAUAUAAUUGACCUUGAGGGAAAGCCUUCUAGCUGAAAUGCAUUAGGUACACAAUAUCUGCAAGCAGAAAAAGGAAUUUACAUACAUUCCAUAGCAUCUUGAGAUGAGGUCUCCUCCUUGCUGAUAUCUUAGUGGAUGCUUCCUGGGUUUUUUGUUUUGAAUUUUUAACAUAAGAGGCUAUCUAGGGCUUGGAAGGUUGAGGGCCCACCAAGCUAACUGUACCACCAAUUCCACUUUGCACUGGGAAGGUCGGGAUCAUGGGAGAGGAGCCAGGACCUUGUGCUGGGCUUCUGGAACAAGCACCAAGGCUGUCUAGAUCAGGGUUUCUUAGCCAUGUGCUCCCAGAUGUUGUUGGACUACAACUCCCAGAAUUCCCAAAUGUGGCCUUUGUGGCUGGGGAUUCUGGGAGUUGUAGUCCAACAACAUCUGGGGGCCCAAGGUUAAGGAAACCCUGGUCUAGAUGGUUGAGGCAAGCACUCUUUUGAGUUCUGCACUUUCCCCCUUCCAUCCAUUCCUGUUUGGGGAGGCCGACUGACCUGUUUGCCUUGGGGCACCACACUCCUGAAGUUGACCUUUGGUUCUCUAUGAUUCUGUGAGUUAAGACUUUGCAUUUCAAAGUUACGUUAACUCUUUCAGUCCUGCCCACUUGAGAACUGUGGCUGUGAUACUGAUCUGAUACAUUUGGAGGCCAUUGACUUGGCCCCAUUACCUCCAGUCGGUAGCACCCACAUCUUAAUUUACUUUCUGAUGAGUUAGCGGUGCUGGAUCUUCUCAAAGAAUAUAGCAAGCCAUGGCUGACCUGCCAAAGGAAGUUCAACUCUGAUAGAUCGCCUCUUGCUUCUUCAUUGAACGUUGAGCAUUUUCUGAUUGUAUCCAAGCUUAUUUUUCUGCACGCAUCCCACAGUGCCUUGUACUGUGGCCCGGAUAUGGUGACCCUGCCCCUCAGCAAGAAAUAGGACUCUCCCCUAGCCCUUGCCAAAAAUAACAUGGACUUGUACGCUGGAAACACAAAGGGGUGUUGUGUCUUUUGGGAGAGAACUACAUUUUGAUUGUAUUUGGAAUUGAAUUUUUUUCCCUUGAAUGUGGCAAUCUGUCUUUAAGUGCACUAUUUGUCUGUACUGUCUACACCUCCGAUAUUUAACUUGCAUAUUGGCAUCUUAGUGCUUGCAAAAAAGAAAAAGUGCUUUUUCUUAUGAAGCAGGAAAGUGUCAGUAAAGCAGUACUCUGUAUGCAGCUGAGUAGCAGCAUUUGUAAUGUACUGUGGCACACUAUAUCCGUUAAUUAUUACACGCUGUAAGUGGCACCUGCGUCAUGUUCCUAAAUCUAGACCCACUGUUGCCAAGUUUGAUUUGUAAAUGAGCCGACUGGACAGCGUCAGGUGAAAUUGUUUGCUACCAUGUUGGAGAAUGUUUGCUGUUUUCUGUACUGCACCCUGAAAUGUUGCUACAGCUUUUGUCGAAGAGGUUGAUAAACAGGAGGAGGGAGACGGAAAAAUGACUGAAGUUCUGUUUCGAAGACUGCAGUGGAAACAUAGCUGUAAACUUUGCUUUAAUUUUGCAGGUGUAGCAUAAAUGAUCUCAAUUAAAACCUUAAAGACUUC